AUGUCAUCUUCCUCUCCGCGACUGUCCAUCGAUAGCAACACCCUACAGUCGCCCGUCACCCCGGGCACGCCCCAGAACUCAUUCCCAUUCCCUCCCCAGGAUGCCUUCUCGCGACAGGCCUCGAGCAGGUACAUGCCGAGAAGAGGCAGCGCUGCCAGUACCGUAUCGGUAGGCUCCAUAGGCGGGAGUCUAGACAUACAGGCCAGAAGGGGGAGCGUAGUGCGCGAAACGAAUCAAAAUGCCAUCUCAACACUCCUUCAACCUCCCAUUGUACGGACAGGUCUACUGCCUCAUACCCAAGCCCAGGCAGCUGCUUCCGGCUUCAAGGCCCCUACAACCAGAGACAUCCCCUCAGUGACCUUGACAAAUGUCCCUCACGUGGCCCCUGAGAACUUCCGCGACUACCUCAAUCGCAUCGGCCCGCUGUUUGAGAGCUUUCAAAGAGGCAGAACAGAGCCAGAGCAGCCGCAAUGGUUGAAGAAGGACAAGGAAUUGGAAAAGACAGAUCGAUUUGCGGAAGCCUUGGAAAGGAGGCUGAGCAGAGAGACAUCUGCGCCGCCUACGAUAUCAAGACAAAGCUCGAUGACGACUCUCUCCCCUAUAGAAGGGCCAGGACAACCCAGGAGGAGGUCUUCAGCUCAGUUUCGAAGGAACCGCAAUGAACCGACACCUCUUUCGACCAUACCGAACGUCUACUUUGAUGAGGAUUUCCACUUGGAGAAUCCACGUACGUUUGAUGUAGUGUCAGAACGCGCUGAAAUCGUACGUCAGCCACCCGGGACACAGCAGACUGAAAAGGCCGCGAAUGGAGCUCCCUUGCCUCCCCGGAAAGCACUAGCAACGAAUGCAAUCCUUCAAGAGAAGCUCAGCUGGUACAUGGAUACCGUGGAAGUUCACUUGAUCAACAGCAUAAGCACGGCUAGCAGCGGCUUCUUCGCAGCGUUGGGUUCAUUAAAGGAGCUUCAGACAGAGGCAGAAGAGAGCGUAGCCAAGAUUCAAAGUCUACGAGAAGAUCUGCGAAGAUUGGAUAAAGAAGUUGCUGUAUCCGGGUUGGAGGUGGCAGCGAAGAGGCGGCGGAGGGAGAAUGUCCGUAAGCUGGGCAAAGCAACGGCACAGGUGCAGAGUGUUGUGGAUAAUGUAAAAAGAGCGGAUGAGCUGGUGGACGAAGGACAUUACGACGAAGCAGCAGACCAAAUGGACAGAGUUGGGCGAUUAGUGUGUGGACAGGCCGAGCCUGGGCAGGAAGAUCAAGAGCUGAUUGAUUUGCGGCCACUGAAAGCACUCCAAGGCCUCGACUCUGGAUUACAGGAAUUGCAACUUCGAAUUGGUACAGGCUUCGCACAGCGAUUUACGAAGAUUCUUAUGGACGACUUGCGGCAGCAUAUCGAGAAAGUUCCAACUGGGGACACAUUCAAACGCUGGUCACGUCAACGAGGGAUACCGCCAACGUACAUGGAGACAAGCGAGCAGUUUCGAAAAGAUCUGCUGGUAGUACUGAAUGGUUUAGCGAGAGCGGGGCAUACCGCCCCUGCCACUGCUGCCUAUCGAGAAGCUGUGAAUAAGGAGAUGAAAGCUCUCAUUCGAAAACAUCUGCCUAGCAGCAGCGACGACGACGUGGACAGUAUGGUUUCGACAUCAACCAGAGGUGGUUCCAAGCUCAGUCAGCAAGAGAAAAGCAGUAUCCUAGCCAGGAACCUGCGUUCACUGGACCCAGAAGAUGCCGAGAAGCUACUUGUCAACGUUUAUACGUCAGUUGGAGAAGGCCUGCGGCGGGUUUCGACACAGACGAAGAUUCUGUUGGAUGUGACGAGUAGUAUGCAGCCGCCCGAGCCGAAGUCACCUCCUAAAUCGCCCAACGUACCCAGCUUGGACGAACAACUAGCCAAUGGAGCACCGCCAGCGCCGCCAAAGGUCACAGUACAGGAGGAACUCUCUCAAACGCUGGAUAUGUCGAGUUUGCUCGGUACUGCGGUCGAUACUGCACAAACACAAAUCACCAGAGUGUUGAAGGUUCGCAACGAGCAAUCAAUCCGGCUGCCGAAAGAGCUCUUCCUGCGAUACUUCACCUUGAAUCGCCUCUUUGCUGAUGAGUGCGAAGCCGUGAGUGGGCGAGGCGGGAACGUGCUCAAAGGGAUCAUCAAUGCGCAGAUCUCUGGUUUCGUACAGGUGCUGGGUACCGCAGAGACUGAACGAAUCGCUGGUGUGCUGGACAGUGAUAGCUGGAACGCCGAAGACUUCAGUGACAACCAAAACCAGCUCUUGCAGCGGAUCCUGAAGUCGAUGAGCGACGACCCACCAGAAUGGACAAAAGGCGCGGCACCUAUUUGGGACGAACCGGGAUCGGGAGAACAGACGAACGGGCAACCCGCUGCUCCUAACGGCUCAGAGACGAAUGGCACAGCGCCGGCUACCAGCAAGAAAGAGACGAAGCCCGCCUACAUCGACGACACGCGGUUUAUCCUGGUACCUUCGGUAAUCUCCCUUCUGACUACGAUUGAAUCAUUCCUAUCCCUCACUGCGGUACUACCCUCCAUGACGCCUCAGAUAUGCACCAGCCUACUCGACGUUCUCCGGACUUUCAACUCAAGAUCGUGCCAGCUGAUCCUUGGUGCUGGUGCGACUCGCAGUGCAGGCCUCAAGAACAUAACGACAAAGCACCUCGCCCUUGCCAGCCAAGCACUCAGCUUCAUCAUCGCACUAGUGCCAUAUAUGCGUGAAUGUGUGAGACGGCAUGUCCCGGGAGGCCAAGGAGGGAUCCUGGCAGAAUUCGACAAGACUAAGCGACUAUAUCAGGACCACCAGAGCGGGAUUCACGACAAGCUUGUCGAGAUCAUGACGAGUCGCUCUUCGGCCCAUGUCAAAGCCAUGUCUGCCAUCAAUUUCGAUGAUGCAGGUGCCGCUGAGGACAAAGCUUCGCCAUAUAUGGAGACCCUGACCAAAGAGACCCUCACUCUCCACCGCGUCCUCAGCCGCCAUCUCAGCGAGCUCGACGUCGGUAUGAUCAUGCGGCAGAUCUUCACCAGCUACAAGGAUCAGUGGACAAAAGCCUUUGGGAACGUCGACGUGAAAACCACUGCUGGCGAGAAGCGUCUAGUCAGAGAUGCGGAAGCUUUCGAGUCGAGACUUGGCAAAGUAGAAGGAUUUGGAGACAUUGGAAAGGAGGUGCUUGGGGUUGUGAGGGCGAAGGUUUCCGUUGAAAAUGAGAAGGAGGAUAAGAAGGAAGAGGUGAAGGAAGUCAAUGGCGAUGCGGAAAAGAAGGUGGAAGAGAAGAAAGUCGAGGAUGAGAAGAAGUAG